AUGUCUGGUAAACGGAGAGCAGAUGUUUUGGAUCCGGAUUUCGCUGUUAUCCGUCAGCAGAUUUCUAAACUUUUGCAACAAAGUCUUUACGACUGCAAAAGUUUCCUGCUGAUGGUGAAGUCGCUCUAUCCAAGUUCUAUAAAGUUGGAAAUGAUUGAGUAUGAACUUUUUAAAGAAUAUGGAGAUAGCACUCUAGCUGCUGAGAUACUAUGUCGCUUAUAUGAAAAUCAGAAGCAUCUUGAUGUAUCACAAGUUGAUCUUCUCAGUAAAAUAAUUCAAAAUCCCACUGAUAAAGUGUGUUGUGAAAUUUUUUCGAAACUAACUCCGUCACUGCAGAAACAUCUAGCACAAUUCUAUAUGAAACAAAUUACCAAUGACCUAAUCAGAGCCGACAGCAUUAUAUAUUUGCUUAACUCGAAAGAUGUAGUUUUGCACCCUCAAACUCUGCCCAUGUUACUUACAAUGGCAAACCAAAGUUUUAUGGAAGGUGAAAACACUUUGCGUAAAAACAUGGAUGUGAAAAAUCAUUCAGCAGCUGCCUGUGGUCGUGAAUCAUUCGUAAAGAUUGAGAACAUAGAUGAAGGUGAAGAAGGCGAAGUAGUGGGAGGCGAUGACGAAGACGAGUUCGUAGAUGAUCUCGAUACAUGCAGUGCUGAGGCUAACGGCAAUGCAUUGAGUGGUAUUCCAGUCUCAGUGUUAAAUAUAUUUCGUUUCAAAAUAACCUACGAGUUGCUUCCGGUGGCAUACAAGGCUGUUAGUGUUGCCAAACUCGACAAAAAUCUUAUAUAUAGAAUGUCAGUUACAUCCCUCAACUUCCUGUUAACAUACAUAGCUCACAUUCCGGCAAAUCCACCCAUCGACGGGCUGGAAGAUGAUGUGUUUUCGACGAAAAAAGACCCGAAAACGUACAUAGCAGAUUGUUUGAAAAUGAUAGGACACAUGUUGCAGUGGCCUGUUAACAAUACUUUUGACUUCACUUCUAGUAGAGGCCCGUCUGCCCUUGUACAGCUUACUAAGGAUUUGUUUCGGGAGACCAUGUCUUCAUGCGAAAGUUCACCUACAAAGAAGGAUACACGUGAUAAAAUGCCUCGUCCUUCUGCUCAAAGUCUAAGUCAUAAAUUUCAUGCUAUGGCCUUCCAGGCGCUCUGUGUAUUUUGGUACACACUUAUUGAUAUAGGUGUAUCAUACCUGAACAAAGUUCGUUACGGAAUCUUCGAAAACAAGCCAAGAAAAUCCUCUGCAAGUAGGAUAUUUUACUUCCCACUGAAUCUUAAUGCUAUUUUGAAUCUAAUAUCUAAUAAGGGUUCUACUCUGGAGAAUGAAGACACAGUACUCCUGAAAUAUAUUCAUGAAAUCUGGAGUUUUCGUAAGUACAAUUCCAAUUCAUACUCUUUUGGUGUUCAAGCACUGGAUACAUUGGAAGAAGAUAUUCGUCCACGUUCCUACGGGUUAUGUGAUUGUAGUUACGAAACACAUUUUGAACAAAUCAUUCGUUUAGAUUUUGCUCUGAGUGGUCUAAGUAACAAUCACCAAGAAAUAUUAUGGGCUUGUAAAUUCAUGAAUAAAUACCGCAGCAGUAUAUACCGCAACCCAGAAGCCACUUUUAUAUAUAGGUUUCUUCAGAUGCUCAUAGUAUCACUAUGGCCUAAAGAAAGUUGUAUUGCAGUCAGACGGGAAGCUUGCCAUGGAGUAUGGGGAGAUUUCGUAAAAGAAUUUAGGUCAGUCUUCUCUCUUCUUGAUCACAACAAAGAUGAAAAGAUUCAUCUUCGGAGUAUUUGUCAUGUUGUACCACUUACCCGUACCGUCAUGGUGUUCAUUAUAUCCAAAGCUUUGGCAAGCAAUUUAUGUCAUGUGUCUCGGGAAACAAAAGAUGCUGUUAUUGCUGUUAAAUCUGCUUGUUUGGCAUGCGUAUUAUGUCAGGCUGAUGCAAUGUCGAGUGACGUAUUUUAUUCAGAGCCUGACUGGCCGCCUUCAUUUCCGUUUAUUUCGGAAAUAAUGCAUAAUCAUUGGAAUAAUAUGCGAAACCAGUUCCUGGAGUGGUUGUUGUCUCCGACCGAAUUUAUUUUCGAUGUGUGUUUGCUGAAUGCAAUGUUUCAAUUGGAGUGCACUGUUGGAAUAGCAGCUGAGUGGUCUGAUCGUGAAACAUUCUUAUCUCGUUGUGUCAACUUGGUCCAGUGUAAGCCACCUGAUAAUGUGGAUUCUAUUCUCGAGGAGUUUAUACAUAUCGAAUCUUCUAAUAUUUCAUCAUGCUUAAUGUCAAUUGAAAAGUGA